AGGACGUGUACAAAGUUGCAGCCUGCAUGCAGGAACCGUACAAGUUGUGAUCCAGACAUGUCAGCGCAGGAGGAGUUCUUUACGGGUAUUCCCAAAAUCCCAUAUUCACCCAGUGCUGGGCCAAGAGAUGUCCUGUGCUUUAAACACUACAAUGCAGAAGAGGUAGUGAUGGGGAAGAAGAUGGAGGACUGGUUGAGGUUCUCAGUCUGUUACUGGCACUCAUUCUGUGGAACUGGCGCUGAUCCUUUUGGGUUUCCAACCCUCCUCCGCCCCUGGAACGAAGGGACUCCUAUGGAAUCAGCCAAGAAGCGACUGCAGGCCGCUUUUGAGUUUUUCACCAAGCUUGGUGUGAAGUAUUACACAUUCCAUGACAGAGACAUGGCUCCUGAGGGCUCCACCCUGGAGGAGUCCAACAGGAAUCUGGAUGAAAUAACAGACCUGGCUCUCCAGCUACAGAACCAGACUGGAGUUAAGGUGCUGUGGGUUACCUGCAACCUCUUUGCUCAUCCUAGGUACAUGAACGGUGCAUCCACCAACCCUGACUGCCAUGUUCUGGCCUACGCUGGUGCUCAGGUCAAGAAGGGUCUGGAUAUCGCCAAGAAGCUGGGUGCAGAAAAUUUCGUGUUUUGGGGUGGAAGGGAGGGUUUCCUCACCAUCCAUAAUACUGAUGUCGCUGCUGAACUGAAGCACAUGGCCAACUUCUUCAAAAUGGCAGUCAAGUACAAAGAGAAGAUUGGUUUGAAGUGUCAGUUUCUAAUUGAACCAAAGCCAAAGGAGCCCUGCAAACACCAGUAUGAUUAUGAUGCUAUGAGUGUUAUAGGAUUCCUUAAGCAUUAUGGUCUAGAGAGUCACUUCAAGUUGAACAUCGAGCCCAACCAUACCACCCUGGCAGGACACUCCUACGAACAUGAUAUUGUCAUGGCCUCUGCGCUUGGCAUGCUGGGUUCAGUUGACUCUAACACUGGUUCUCCUGACCUGGGGUGGGACACAGAUCAGUUCCCCAUGGACAUCAGGAACACAACCUUGGUCAUGAAGACCAUCGUUGAACAAGGUGGCCUGCAGCCAGGAGGCCUGAACUUUGAUGCUAAGGUGCGCAGAGAGUCCACCGACCUGGAGGACCUGUUCAUCGCUCACAUCGGAGCCAUGGACGCCUUUGCUAGAGGACUCAGAAAUGCUGUUCGUAUCAUUGAGGACGGUCUUAUCCCUGGCAUGGUGAAGGAGCGCUACUCAAGCUUCAGUCAUGGCAUUGGACAGAAAGUGGAGGAGGGUUCUGCCACCUUAGAGGAGAUGGAGGCUUUCAUCAAGCAGAACGGUGAGCCAAAAGUCACAUCAGGGAAGCAAGAAAAAUAUGAAACCAUCUUUAAUCACUACAUAUAAUUAAAGAAUAUCUUCCUAUAUCUGCUUAUUAGAAACAUUGACUGAAUAGAAACCGAUACGCUGUUUUUCAUAUUGACGGUGCAACACUGGUGAGCACAUCAAACUGUCUGUUAGAUAGAGUACUUUAUUAAUCCCAUUGGGAAACCACACUUGUUUGCAGUCGUUUUAUUAAGGGAGAAGAUGAACACUGUAAGUAUAGAGCUGAAAUGAUCAAGUAUCCCCAUCACAGACUAACUAACAAUGUAACAAUAUAACAAAUGUGUUUUUAAUGAUGUUAUGUCAUUUUAUUCAGAAUACACAGAGAGGUUGUGUUCAUAUUUGCUGGUGACUAAUGUUACAUAACAUACCUAUGUAAUAAAACACAUGUUC